AUGCAAACCAUCAUUCUACUCGGCCUCACAGCUCUAACGUAUUUGGUUUAUACAUAUAUUUCAGGUCUGCAAGGAAACAUUGCGGCGGCAAAGAAGAGCGGGUUACCUUACAUUGUUGCCCCUUUCUCCCCGGUCUUCUUACCGUGGAUAUUAACGUAUAAAGCAUGGAUUCCAAUAGUUAGAUUGCUUCCUAAACCAUUGUGGGACCGAUGGCUGGAAGUAUGCACGCCCGGCUUCUCAUACCGUACACGCCAUGAUGCGUUUGCGCGUCAUGGCGAUGUAUUCCUUAUCGUCUCACCUAAAAUGAUCUUCAUGAUGGUCUGCAAUGCUGAGGCUGUUCAUCAAGUCACCUCCAGGCGGGAGCAUUUCCCCAAGUGGGUAGAAACCUACGAGAUCCUACGGCAGUUUGGCGACAAUGUCUUGGCAUCCGAGGGUGCAAUUUGGAAGAUGCAUAGAAAAGUCACAUCUGCGUCAUUCAACGAGAAGAAUGCUGCCCUCGUUUUUCGGGAAGCCAUUCAACAGGCUCAAGGGUUGGUCAAGACGUGGAUGGGGCCAAAUGAGGAAGAUAGUGGUACCAUCGAUACACUCGACGGGGACACAAUGAGACUGGCCCUCAAUAUCAUUGCCUACGUUGGUUUCGGACUCAACUUGCUGUGGCCAGGUGAAGCCUUACCCCCGAAAGCUGACCCGAAAAUGGCCAAGUAUGGAUCUCUGAAACCUACUGCCGGCCACAAAAUGAGCUUUGUGGACACCAUCGCGACUGUCUUGGAGCACAUUCUUAUGCUGUUACUUGUACCUCGCUGGGUUCUCAAACUCGUGCCGUUCAAGAAAACUCAACUAGCAGCGGAAUCUCAUGAGGAUUUUGGCAAGUAUAUGCAAGAACUCAUUGAUGAAAAGAUCGUGGAAGCCCGUGCAGGCGAACGUAUCGACGGCAUGGACCUCAUGGGCCAACUAGUACGGUCCAGCUACGGGAGCGGGACAGACCGUGUCGAGCAAGCCGAGCCCAAGAAGGGAAUGCUGUCACAAGACGAGAUCCGGGGAAAUGCCUUCAUUAUGCUCGUCGCUGGACAUGAGACCACAGCUAACGCGAUACACUUUAUCUUACUGGAACUGGCAAAUAACCCAGGAUCGCAGAGAAGGCUGCAAGAGGACAUUGACAAGAUCUUUGAGGGUAAAGACCCGAGCGUAUGGGAUUACGACACCUUGAUCAAUCCCAUGAUGGCCAGCAUGCUGGGAGCUUGUAUGAAUGAGACUCUUAGGAUGACACCCGCAGUUGUGGAAAUCCCCAAGAAGGUUCCUGCAUAUCAAGACCAGACGAUUUCUAUCGAUGGCAAGAGUCAUUUGAUCCCUAGGAACACGAUUGUCUCAUUGGUCGCUGUGUCAGUUCAUCGGAACCCGCGAUAUUGGCCUGGGCGACCCAGUCAACUCCACGCCGGCGAAGACGACGUCAACGACUGGGUCCCGGAGCGAUGGUACCGGAAGACAGCAUUAUCAACAGAGUCGGAGACCACCAGCCCUGAGAAUGAAGACCUUGGUGGAUACAGGGGCCCCGACACAAGCGCACAGCUCUUCAGGCCAGAAAGAGGCUCUUACAUACCUUUUAGCGAUGGACCCAGGUCGUGUCUUGGCCGUCGAAUUGCGCAGGUGGAAAUCAUCGCCGCACUCGCGGUGAUUUUCCGAGAAUACAGCUUGGAGUUGGCUGUUGACGAGUGGGCGAGCGACGACGAGCUUGAGAGAAUGGACAGCGAAGAGAAACGCAGCAUCUACACCAAAGCUCAGAGCGUGAGCCGGGAGAGAAUUAUAGGUGCGACCUCGAUGUUGACACUGAAGAUAAACGAGGAUGUGCCAGUGAGAUUGGUUAAGAGAGGACACGAGAGAUUUGUAGAUUGGAUCUAG